UUGGGUUAUAUAUAUAUGUAGAGGGAAAGUGGAGAAGGGAGGCACAGAAGAAGAGAUUGAGGAUGGAGAGGAGGCAGGUGGGCAUCGUGGGUGCAGGAAUCAGUGGCCUGCUGGCGUGCAAAUACAUGCUGCAGAAGGGCUUCCAUCCCAUAGUGUUUGAAGCCAAGAGCUGCAUAGGAGGUGUGUGGUCCAAAACCAUCGCCACCACCAAGCUCCAAACUCCCAAACCCCUCUAUCAGUUCUCUGAUUUCCCAUGGCCUUCUUCCGUCCUCCAUGAUUUCCCCGACCAACAUCAGGUCCUCCAUUACAUCACCGCUUACGCCUGCCACUUUGACCUCCUUAACCACGUCAAAUUCAACACACUUGUCCAACGCCUUCACUACCAAGGCCCUCCCGAGGAAGAGAUGAGAGCAUGGCACCUCUGGGGUGGCACAGGCCAGCCUUUCGGCUCCAAAGGAAAAUGGAAAGUUUCAGUCAAGAACACCCUCAAUGAUUUGACUGAGGAAUACGUCGUGGAUUUUGUAAUCCUGUGCGUCGGAAGAUUCAGUGAUGUUCCAAACAUUCCAGAGUUCCCUCCAAACAAAGGCCCAGACGUGUUCCGCGGGACGGUGAUACACUCCAAGGACUACGCCUCUAUGGAUAAUCAGAUUGCAUCUGACUAUGUCAAAGGGAAGCAAGUCACCGUUGUUGGAUUCCAGAAGUCUGCUUUAGACAUCGCAAUGGAGUGCCAAGCAGUAAACGGGAAGAGACAUCCGUGUAGAGUUUUAUACAGGAAUGAGCAUUGGAACAUUCCGGAUUAUCUUCCUUGGGGACUCCCUCUUGCCUAUCUGUACCUUACUCGUUUCUCAGAACUUCUAGUUCACAAGCCCGGUGAAAGCUUCCUACUUAGCCUCAUUGCUACUAUUCUUUCGCCCCUGAGAUGGAUGUCCUCAAAAUUCGUUGAAACCCAUGUUGCAAGGAAGCUUGGACUGCGUAAAUUUGGAAUGGUACCCCGUCAUAGCUUUCAUCAAGAGAUAAACUCUUGCUUGAUCUCAUCCGUGCCUGAGAAAUUCUAUGAAAAGGUGGAAGAGGGAAGUAUCGUGUUAAAGAAAGCUCCGGGCUUUAGCUUCUGCGAAGAGGGAAUUCUGAUUGAUGGGGAAGCCACACAUCUAAAGACAGAUUUGGUAAUAUUAGCAACAGGGUUUAGUGGUGACAAGAAACUUAAAGAUAUCUUCGCUUCUCCCACUUUCCAGGACCUUAUAGGAGGCUCCCCAAAUGCAACAGUUCCUCUCUAUAGAGAAUGCAUACAUCCAGAGAUACCACAACUUGCGGUGAUCGGGUUCUCAGAAAGCGUUUCGAACUUGUAUACAUCGGAGAUGAGAUGCCGGUGGCUAGCGGAGCUUCUGGACGGGACGUUCCAAGUGCCAAGCAUAGAGGAGAUGAAGAAAGAAGUGAAGAGAUGGGAAGAGUACAUGAAGGAAUACUCGGGGCAGUACUACAGGAGGUCCUGCAUAGGGGCCUUGCAUAUAUGGUACAACGACCAACUCUGCAAGGACAUGGGUUGGAACCCCAGAAGAAAGAAGGGAUUCAUGGCUGAACUGUUUGAGCCUUAUGGCCCUUUGGAUUAUUCUUCCUGAUUUCCUUCACUACAUUUACCUGCUUCGAAUAAAAAGGAAGACUUAUCAUUGCUCUACUCUUUUCAAAGGCCUGCAUCUCUAUCCUCACUCUCCCCUUCCAUCAUUUGUAACUCUUUCUAGUUUUACAUUUUAAGAAUAAUUCGCUAUAAAGCUGGCAUUGAAUCGUUCCUAUUCAAUCUUCUUUAUCUUUUUUUUUUUUUUGGGUAUUUUGAGCUCAUGAUAAAUGUUCUUUCAAGUUUUUCAAGCGUUUAA